ACAUGUCCAAACGGACCCAAUUUAUCUCGAGAAAAAUGAAUGCCCUUUUCAUAUUUGCUUUAUUUAUUUGUUUGGUUGCUGUUGGUUUGAGCUUUUGUAUUUUAACUAUUAAGUUCUGUUUGCAUGGUUUUUGCUUCUCAGCGUCCCAGGAAUUUACAGAGUUUUAAGCAGACUGUGAAAAGAUUGGAAGAAGCUUCUGUUUCUUGUAGAGGUGUAGAAAGGGUUCAGCUGCUGAGGAGGUGGCUGGUUUCACUCAAAGAAAUCGAGAGACUGUCCACCCUUUACAACGCGAGAAACGGAAAGGGUUCUGAAGACCACCUUAAAUCCGAUGAGUCAGCAGACUCCCCGAGGAAACCUACCCUGGUUUAUUACGUAGACUCUGAUGCCGGAGAUGAACCGAAAACUUUUCGUGAUGUCUUUCUUCAUAGCCAAGCUCUGGAGGGCAUGACAUUAUCCACGAUUCUUGAAGAGCCAAAUGAGGAAGAAGUUUCGCUACUUUUGGAGAUAUAUGGGCUCUGUCUUACAGGAGGAAAGGAAGUACAUAAUGCAGUAAUGAGCAGCGUACAGAAUUUGGCAAUUGCACUUUCGUACUAUCAAGAUGAAGUACUGAUAAAGCGAGAGGAAUUGCUCCAAUUUGCUCAAAGUGCAAUUGCAGGGCUGAAAAUAAAUGCAGAUCUUGCAAGAAUAGAUGCUGAAGCCUGCAGUAUAAGGGAAGAACUUGAUAAAUUGAUGGCACAACAGAAGCCUCUUAGUGAAGGUUGUGAAAAAUCAUCUAAGAAGACAAGAGAUGCGACAAUAGAGAAUUUAAAAGACGCGCUUGUAGAAAUUCAACUAUGUUCCAGGUUGGAGGCUCUGUUACUAAAGAAGAAAUCAUUGAGCAAUGGGGACUCACCCGAGAUGCAUUAUGAAAAGGUUGAGAAAUUGAAAAUAUUAUCAGAAUCUCUUGCUAACUCCACCUCACAAGCUGAAAAGCGCAUUUCAGACCACAGGUCUCAGGAAGAAGAAGCACUCAGCUUUCGUGUAGCUAAAGCUAAUGAAGUAAGCCAAGUGGAGAAGGAACUGGUGGCAGAGAUCGGAAAACUUGAGAGGCAAAGAGAAGAACUCCAAAAUGAACUGAAAAAGGUGAUUAUCGCAUUGAAGGCCGUUCGUGCACGCCUUCACAAUGCAAGGGAAGAAAGAGAACAAUUUGAUGAAGCAAGCAAUCAGAUUCUUGUACACAUAAAAGCAAAGGAAGAUGAGCUAUCAAAAUCUAUUGACUCAUGUAAAGCAGAAGUUGACGUUGUAAAUACGUGGGUUAGUUUUUUGGAAGAUACCUGGGUUCUGCAGUCUUCGUACACAGAGCAAAAAGAGAAGCAGGUCAAUGGCGAACUGGAGAGAUAUGGAGACUAUUUUGUGAAUUUGGUAAUCCAACUUCUCUCCACUUACAAGGCAAACUUGGGAUCGUCAAUCACUCGCAUCAGGACUCUCGUGGAGUGCUUGAACUCAAGUAAAGGAGCAAAUAUACUGGGCAUAGACGAUGGAAGUUCAAAAGAAAGCAACCCGAGGAAAAAUCUUGAAGAGGAUUAUGUGGACAUGGAAGCCAAGUUUCUGACCACCUUAAGUGUAGUGGAUACCAUGAAAAAGCAGUUCUACUGUCAAAGCGAAGGCAUUUUCAGGAGAGAUGAUGAGAAGGUCAAAGAACUCUUUGAUGCCAUCAAAAAUUUAAAUGAUGAAUUUGAAUCCAUUGAUAGACCAAUAUUGGAAACUGAAGCUUCACCGCGAAGACUAGAGACGCCCUCUAGUGAUAGGGCCAUUACAAGUCCAUCUCCUACCGCUACCUCUCCUUUGACAACCAGGACUCCAGAACUCAAACAUGAUGCCAAUUCUUCCUUGACUAAGGGAGAGAUGACACUGGACCCAAAGGAAGAUACAAAACUAGGGCAGGAACUUGGUAAGACUGCCCCAUUGUCCACCGGGACUCCAGAACUCAAACAGGAUACCAAUUCUUCCUUGACUAAGGGGGAGAAGGCACUGGACCCAAAGGAAGAUACAAAACUAGGGCCGGAACUUGGUAAAACUGCCCCAUUGACCACUGGGAGUCCAGAACUCAAGCAGGAGACCAAUUCUUCCUUGACUAAGGGGGAGAAGACACUGGACCCUAAGGAAGAUACAAAACUAGGACCGGAACUUGGUAAGACUGCCCCAUUGACCACCGGGGCUCCAGAGCUCAAACAGGGUACCAACGCUUCCUUGACUAAGGGGGAGAAGACGCUGGACAUAAAGGAAGACACAAAACUAGGGCCGCAACUUGGUAAGACUGCCCCAUCGCCCACCAGGACUCCAGAACUCAAACAGGAUACCAAUUCUUCCUUGACUAAGGGGGAGAAGACAUUGGACCCAAAGGAAAAUACAAAACAAGGGCCGGAACUUGGUAAGGCUGCCCCGUUGACCACUGGGACUCCAGAACUCAAACAGGAUGAAGUUUCCAAUUCUUUCUUCAUCAAGGGGUCAAAUCUACUAGACCUGCAGGAAGAGUUGCCGAAACUAGACCCUGAUCUUGGGAAGACCAGUCCAAUGACCACUGAGACUCCAGAACUUAAAAAGCAUGAAGGAAAGGAAGAACCGGCGAAACUACAGCCAGAACUUGGGAAGUUUGUCAAAGAAAUCUCAGUGGAUGAGAUUUGCGAUAUGGUGUUUGAUGAACUUGAAAAGGAAGUGAAAAGAACUAGCUGACCGGCAAGAAAUGUAGGCCAAAUUCAUAUGGUGGAAUAGUGCAUUACGAGUGCAUAUUGAUCUUAUUAACAUUGCUGGCUUAUGACAUAUCUUGUUGAAGAAGCAAAUAAGUAGGUCUCUUUCGACGCAAGAUGUAACGCUAUGUACCUACAGUCGACACUCCUUAUAGGUUGUAAAACAAAAGUUGACAAACACUGGAGUUGCUUAGGUCUAUUGAUGCUGUGUAAAUUCUCUGAUCCAUUUGAAGAUGUAGAUAAUACCUUGAAGAAAGUGGACUAUAUUCUCGUGUAGAUACUGUAACUGUAAAAUUAUUCCAAUAUUGU